AUGGUAAUCAACUUGCCGCGACCAGUCGCUUGCAGGACCUUCGGCAGCGGAGUGGUCCGGCCCUUCGACGGCUCCACCUACUACCUGCGCUCCACCUGCCGGGUCACCCUCAGCCACUUCACCCACAACCGCGUGGAGUGCGACGUCAGCGCCUGGCGGGGACGCAGCGGGCUCCUGGCUCAAGUUGAGAUCACCAUCAAUAAAAUCCAGACCGUCUUGAAGGAUGGAAGCGUCCUGGUGGAGUCCACAAAUGUCUCGCUUCCGUAUGACAACACCUACCAGCACAUCUUCCAAUACGGCAUCUACACCAGGCUGAGGAGUACGUUGCUUCCGCUGACGGUCACCUGGCACAGCGCACCUGAAGGAAUAGACGUGCUUUGGGUGGAGAUGGAGGAAUUACCCGCAGACAUGAUUGGACUAUGCGGGAAACACAACAGCUCCAGCGAUACGCAGGAGCUGAUUAUUGACAACGUGCAUCAAGACGAUAAAUGUCAAACCAGAGAUUUAGUUCCGGUCGGGAAUGCGAUAUGCAAAGAUUUCAUAUCCUACCUGUUAGAAUGCCUGAAUAUGGAGAGCCUUCAUUACGUUCAACUGUGCGAGAAGAACGCUUAUCUUUACGAGGAAAGCAUGGAGGUCUUCUGCCCGUUCUUCAAAGAGCUCGCCAACCGGUGUGGAGAGCAGAGUCCGGUUUGGAGUACAUGGCGAGAGCUCACCUCUUGCAACAAACCGAGGUGCCCGGGAGACCUCGGAUAUGAAGAACACGGGCCUGCGUUUAUCCCCAGCUGCUCAAACCCCAAAUCCUCCAACCAGGACCUCACCGAUUCUUGUGUCUGCGCAGACGGUCUGGUGUUAAAUGACCAUGCAGCCGGUUUCCAGUGCAUUCCGCUGUCCGGGUGCCCUUGUGUCUUGGCUGGCGCGACCUACCCGGCUGGGGUCACACGCAGCACCAAGUGUCAGUCAUGUGUUUGCAACGAUGGGAAGUGGUACUGUGGCGAAAACCACUGCCCGGCCAGAUGUGUUAUCGAAGGGCCAUACGUGACAACGUAUGAUGGGAAGGAAUACAUCGUCCCUGGCAGAUGCACAUACGUCGCCUCACAGGGUGAAAACUGGUCGCUGCUGAUUGAGUACUCGGAAAAGGGAGCCUUUUUGAAAGCCGUCGUUCUCAAGCUUUUCCAGGUAAAAGCCGCUAAAAUCCAACAUUUGGUGACUGAAAUUCUAAAGCCGACAAGAGUGCUGGCUCACCGCUCAGCUCACGCCACCGUUUUCUGGCAAUCGUCCGCAUACGUGCACGUGAGCACAUCCUUCGGUGUGGCGGUCCAACUGCAGAUGUCCCCCGAGAUGCAGCUCUACAUCACGCCGCCUGCCAACAACAGGGAGAAAAUAUCAGGUCUUUGUGGAAACGCCAACAAGGACACCACAGACGACUUCACAGCCAGCAGCGGGAUCGUUGAGAACUCGGCACAGAUGCUCGCAAAGUCAUGGAGCGUCGGUCCCUGCGAGCACAUCAUCGAUCAGUGCGUCAACAUAAACUACGAAAAAUUUGCCGAUGAGCAUUGCGCCGUGUUGACGGAGCCGAGUGGCAUAUUUGGAACGUGCCAUCCUUACGUAGCAGUUGCCAAGUACCACAAGGCUUGCAUCAGAAGAACGUGCACCUGUGUAACCACGGCGGUGAGUUUACAAGAGUGUUUGUGCGUCGCUUUGGGGAGUUACGCGAAGGCCUGUGCAGAUAUGGGCGUGCCAGUAGGUGACUGGAGGGCGACGACUAACUGCAUCGUGACCUGCGAAAAGAACCAAGAAUUCUCCUAUGACACGCACGCUUGCAAUCGCACGUGCCGCCCCCCGGCGGGGCCCGACCCCCGCUGUCAGCCGAGCGGCGGCCCAGUGGACGGCUGCGGCUGUCCCGAAGGCACCUACCUCGACGGCGACCGCGGCUGCGUAUCCGAGGCCGAGUGCCCGUGUCACUACCGAGGCGUCCCGCUGCCACCUGGACCCGUUCUAAUUGACGGGAGACGAUGCAUAUGUGAGGAUGGAGCGUUAGCAUGUCCUCCGGUCUGCAGUCAGGAUUUUCAGGGUUGCGCCGAUGGGAAAAUAUGUAUUCACUGCUCGGAGCACGAAGUUAAAAUGGUGCAAAAAACGUGUGACAGCCUCAGUAAACCAAAGCCUGCCAACACAUCCUGCGAAAGUGGCUGCUACUGCCCGCGUGACCAGUAUGAAGAUCACACCGGAAACUGUUCCCUCGACCACUGCACCUGCGUGUACAGCGGCAGAGUGUACAGCGCCGGUCAGACAGUCAAGACCAACUGCAAAACAUGCACUUGCAGCCGGGGCCAGUGGCAGUGCAAAGACCGGCCCUGUUCUGAGAAGUGUCAAAUAUUUGGGAAUGGACACAUUCAGACAUUUGACUCCAAAUGGUACCGCUUUGACGGACACUGUCAAUACACCCUUGUUGAGGAUGACUGUGGAACUGAAAACGGCACCUUUUCUGUCCGAGUGGAGCGUGUCCCGUGCUGCGACGAGGCGCUCACCUGCUCCCGCACCGUCACGGUGGAGCUAAAGGGCUACGGCACGCUGACGCUGAGCGACACGGCGGGUCCCCGGUAUCUUCACCGGGCCUCGCCCCUGCCGCAGAGUCCGCUUUACACCGUGCGCACCGUAGGGCUCUACAUCGUGGUCUCGGUGCCCAGCAGAGAGUUGACUCUCAUCUGGGACAAACACACUCGGAUCACCGUGGAGCUGACGUCCACCUGGAGAAACCGAGUAUGCGGCCUCUGUGGAAACUUCGACUCCAGCGAGAUGAAUGACCCUCAAAUGAUUGGCUCCGAACUUACGGAAAGCCCCCAGUUAUGGAAAACAGCCGAGCCUCCGUGUUCCGAAGCGAGCGCUGACAUGUUCCCGUGUGAACGCAACUCCUACUGCUUUGCCUGGGCCCAGCGGCGCUGCAUGAUCUUGACCGGCGAGACCUUCAGUGACUGCCACCUCAACGUGGACCCAGAGCCGUACUACCAGAGUUGUGUAGAAGAAUCGUGCUCCUGUGAGUUUGAAGGAAAGUUCCUGGGCUUCUGCACGGCUGUGGCGGCCUACGCCGAGGCCUGCAGUGACAGCGGCGUCUGCGUGAAAUGGAGAACGCCGGACUUGUGUCCGGUCUACUGCGAUUACUACAACAAGGAGGACGAGUGCACCUGGCACUACGAAACCUGCGGCCACGAAAGAACCUGCGGCAGCCACUCUUCCCUAAAACUGGAAGGUUGCUAUCCCAGGUGUCCUGAAGAAGUGCCGUACUACGAUGAAAAUAUCGGCGAAUGUACUAAAUUGAUGAACUGCACCUGCUAUUUCAAUCACACCAUCAUCCAGCCGAGGGCUGCCGUAACAAUACAAAGAACCGAAUGCUUUUGCAUCAAUGGGGAAAUCGUUUGUCCGCCACCGCCCUCCACCACCACAGAAGCGACACCCACUGCGAGUACGCCAGCGUCCACCGGGUUGCCCACCACUUUGGCCACAAAUGGGACUACUUGGCCUACGACGACAAGUGAAUCUCCUGAACCAACAAAAACAACCAGAAUGGAAACCACUACCGUGUCUACAACCAAUAAUCCACCAACGACGACAUUCCCAACAACCCCCGAUUGUGAGUGCCUCGACCCGAUGCAGAAGAAGCGCUGGCUGUGCGGCCAGACGUGGACUGAAAACUGCAUCCAGAGGAAGUGCACCGCGGACAGGAUCGAGUUGACCCCAGUGGUUUGUCCAGAAACUAAAAUUCCCAACUGUCCCAGAGGACGAGCUGUAAAGAUCUCGGACGGAUGCUGUGAAAUGUGGACGUGUGACUGUAAGUACCUUUUAUUAUUUCUAGUGACCGUGCAUUUUAACGAUGUGUUCCUCUCCCUUGUAGGCGUCUGCCACAUAUACGGCGACCCGCACUACGUCUCUUUUGGAGGUGUGCCUUUUAACUUCCUGGAAGAAUGCACCUAUAUCCUAAUGCAGGAGAGAUCACCGCAGCAUCACCUGACCAUCGCCGUGGACAAUUUUGACUGCAACCUCGCCGGUUCGUGCAUCAAAGGCAUCAUCCUGAACUAUCGCAACAACACGGCUCGGCUCACCGUCAACCAGGACUCGUCGGUGGUUCAGGCCUUGUUGAAUAAUGUGACCGUAAAGCCGCCGUAUGAAGAACUCGGGUUCAGGUUUGAGACCACAGAGUACGCAGUGUCAGUACACCUGCCACUCGUACGCUCUUACGUCUCCCUCACGCCGUUCCACACCCUGGUGAUCAGUUUGGCCAUGGAGCAUUUCUUCAUGAACACUGCGGGCCAAUGUGGUGUGUGUGGUGGGGAUUCCUGCAUCCGAAGAGGCGGCCGGAUCGAGAGAGACGACUGCUGUGAUCAGACCGCCUAUGACUGGUUGUACCCUGACCCAACGAAGCCGUCUUGUAUUUCUGGACAGGAUGUCCCAUGUCCCCCGCCGUGGCCGACUAUCUUACCCACUCCCCCAACGCCCUGUCCUGAAAGUUGGCUCUGCCAGCUUUUCGAUCACCAAAUGUUUGACAGCUGCAAAGAGCUAGUGAAUUUGGAGCUUCUGAAGAAAAACUGCGAGAUCGACUCCUGCGGGACUCCGGACUUUGCGUGUUCCUCCCUCGAGCAUGCUGCCAGCCAGUGCCAGCAUUUUGGCAUCUGUAUUGACUGGCGAAUCCUCACAAAUGGAUCGUGUGAUGUGAAAUGUCCAAAAGACUUGAUCCACAUGGAAUGCCAAAAUAAGAUGGAUGACUUCUGUUUUGGAGGAGCACGUAAUCCAGGAGCCCCUCUCGAGGUCAACAGCGCUGGGUGCUUCUGUCCGAAGGGUCAGCUCAGGGCUGGAAAACACUCAGACAACUGCGUGCCUGAUUGUUUAUUCUGCCAAGGACCCCUGGGUGAGCCCAGAUGGCCCGGUGAAGUGUGGCAGGUCAACUGCUACUUGUGCAAGUGUAACAAUCAAACACGGACAGUGGAGUGUACCCCCAAACAGCGGCAGACAGCCAAAUGCGGCCCCGACGAGGUCCCGGAGACCAAAUGCUGCGGUGAUCAGAUUUGCAUUGAGAAGACGUGCAGUUACAAUGGCACAACAUACAAGGUGGGGGAGACGUGGAAAAACAGAACUGAUCCGUGCGUGUCAUUCCGUUGUACUCAAGACGCCAUUCAAAUGGAAACCCAACUCUGCCCCGUUGAAGCUUGUGUCGAGAAAGACAGAACAUGGGAUCAACAAGGCUGCUGUUUUACAUGUAACCAGGGAUGCGCUCCAAAGGCGUCCAGUAUAAACAUCACCGUGGACAACUGCACCGCAACGAUGGAGAUCCCCGUGUGCCAGGGCCAGUGUGUUUCGGAAUCAAGGGUGUUGCUCGCGGGGGACCUCCAGGUGGAGCCCAAGUGGCUGUACUGCAAGGAGCUGACCUCGGAGAGCAGGUCGAUGACGCUGCAAUGUUCGGACUUGACGAGCAGACAUUUCACCUACAAGCACAUCACCAGCUGUGGAUGCCAAACCUAA